CGUGAAGGCACCAUGACGUCACGGUGCCUUCACGUCCCUCCCGUUAGUUCCUGUGACACACGUGUGUCGUGAAGAUGGCGGCGGAGAGGCUUCAGUUCCACGAGCUGGGCUUAGACGACCGACUGCUAAAGGCGAUUGCAGAUCUGGGUUGGUCCCAGCCGACUCUGAUCCAGGAGAAGGCCAUCCCGUUGGCCCUGGAGGGGAAAGACCUUCUGGCUCGAGCCCGGACCGGAUCUGGAAAGACCGCCGCGUACGCCGUCCCUGUCAUCCAAAGGAUCCUGGCCUCCAAACAGAGCGUUCGUGAGCAAGAUGUGCGGGCUCUGAUCCUGGUACCAACCAAAGAGCUGGGUCAGCAGGUCCAGACCAUGAUCAGACAGCUAACGGCGUUCUGCUCGAGGGACGUCCGGGUCGCCGACAUCUCCGGAAAAGCCGACCUGUCGGCGCAGAGACCCAUCUUAAUGGAGAAGCCCGACGUGGUCGUGGGGACGCCGUCCCGCGUGCUCGCUCACCUCAGUGCCCAGAACCUGGUCCUGCAUUCGUCCCUCGAGACGCUGGUCGUGGACGAGGCUGACCUGCUCUUCUCUUUUGGCUUCGAGGCAGAUCUGAAGAACUUGUUGUGUCACUUGCCGAAGAUCUACCAGUCGUUCUUGAUGUCGGCGACUCUCACCGAGGAUGUUCAGGCCCUGAAGGAGCUGCUGCUGCACAACCCGGUGAUCCUGAAGCUUCAGGGCUCUCAGCUCCCCGACAGCAGCCAGCUGCAGCAGUACAGCAUCAAAUGUGAGGAGGAGGACAAGUUCCUGCUCAUCUACACGCUGCUGAGGCUGCGGCUGGUCCAGGGCAAGACGCUGGUGUUCGUGGGAGCCGUGGACCGAUGUUACAGACUCAAACUGUUCCUGGAGCAGUUCGGGAUUCCCGCCUGUGUGCUGAACUCGGAGCUGCCCGUCCAGUCCAGGUGUCACAUCAUCACUCAGUUCAACCAGGGAUUCUACGACUACAUCAUCGCCACAGACGAGCAGAGUUUGGCUGAUCCCACCGCGGCCUCUCAGGCGCCUGCAGGCAAAGGGAAGAAGAAGAAGGCGACAGAGCGAGGAGGAAAGAGUAAGGACAAAGAGUACGGCGUCUCCAGAGGUGUGGACUUCCAAAACGUCGCCAACGUCAUCAACUUCGAUUUCCCCACGACCGUAGAAUCGUACAUUCACCGAGUGGGAAGAACGGCGAGAGCCGACAACCCGGGCACCGCUCUGUCCUUCAUCGCUCACACGGAGCUCGGUUUGCUGUCAGAUGUGGAGGAGGCUCUCACAGGAGAUCACGCCGACUCUGCCCUCAAACCGUACGAGUUCAAGAUGGAAGAGAUCGAAGGCUUCAGGUACAGGUGCAGGGACGCGAUGCGUUCAGUGACCAAGCAGGCAGUAAAAGAGGCCAGACUGAAGGAGAUCAAACAGGAGCUGCUCAAUUCAGAGAAACUCAAGACAUAUUUCGAGGAUAACCCCAGAGACCUGCAGCUGCUCAGACAUGACAAAGACCUCCAUCCCGCCGUCAUCAAACCACACCUGAAGAACGUACCCGAGUACCUCGUUCCAGAGACGCUGAGGAGCACCGUGAAUAUGUCAGGGAGGAGGAGGAGGAAGAGGAAGGAAAAACCUGAAGGAGUCAUCAAGACCAGUUUCAAGAACAUCCAGGGGAAGAACCCACUCAAGAGUUUCCGGUACACCGGAGGGAGGCACAGAAAAGGCAAAGCCGGCCAGUCAUAGCAGGCAGUCCUGUCCUGGUUGUUUUAACUGUCAGCGGGAGGACGGUUUGGUCUUUGGUGUUGGCCCACGUGAGACAAAUAAUAAACUGUACGGACUCUGGAUUAAACGGGCUAUUGAAGCUUUACAGACCAUGGACAAAAUGGACUUUGAAACCAGAAGAAAUGCCAACAAAGUCAGUUUGAGUUUGGAUUUUGCCAAAUCCAAAUGUAGGUGAGGUUACAAGAGGAAUACUGUGUCCAUAUAUAUUAUCUGAUUUCUAAUAAUCUGUUAUGAAUGUUUAUUAAAAUAAAAAGACUUCGUCUCAAACAUCAA